GACCCGCCCGGGCAGAGCCUGCGAAGUGCCCUGGACUCUGCCACCCGCUGGGCCCCCGGAUCGGCGGUGGCGGGCUGGGGGGAAGUUCGGGCAGUACGGGCUGGCGGCGGGGGACCGGGAAGGCCGCUAGGCCCGGCGGGGUCGAGAUUCGGAGUUGGCGGGUCCGAGGCCCGGCUGGAGAUGCGGAAUCAGAAGCUCGGAGAGGUGGAGUGACCUCCCCGAGGCCGCACAGCUCCUAAGUGGCUGUGACUGAAUUGGAAAGCUGGAGUGCCUGGUUCCAAAUCCGUGCCAAGUUCCAGGAAACAACAGGAGAGGGGAAAGUUAACAGGCCACUGGAGUGACCAGCUGUUUGGAAGUGAAACAGUGCCGAAGGGGGAGCAGAGAGUGAGGGCCAGGCUCCGCGGGGUCAGCUGUAUCUGCACCCAGUGCUGAGUUGGUUCCGUGUGGAGCUGCUGAUGGUGGAGACGGUGUCCGGGGCCAGGGGCCCAUUUACAGGGGCCCACACUGGCCCCCAGUUUUCAGCCUUAGGUGUGAACCAGACCCCCAUGGAAGACGGGAGCAUCCAGUGUCGUGAGGUGUGUGGCCUGAACGUCUCUGACCGCUGUGACUUCAUCCGGACCACCCCUGACUGCCACAGCCAAGGGGGUUACCUGAACUACCUCGAGGGCAUCUUCUGCCACUUCCCCCCUAACCUCCUCCCUCUGGCCAUCACCCUCUAUGCUUUCUGGCUACUCUACCUGUUUCUGAUUCUGGGAGUCACAGCGGCGAAGUUUUUCUGCCCUAACCUGUCAGCCAUUUCCACCGUGCUCAAGCUCUCCCACAACGUGGCAGUAUCCUUUUGUCCAGGGCCUGCACCCCGGAGGGUGGGAGGGGGGUUAGAGGGGAGGCUGGGAGACCACGUGGCGGCUCACGGCCCUGGGACAGGUCUGGACAGGCUGGGGCCCCUGCUCUGUGUCCCCUUGACGUGCUCCCCCCCCCAUGGUGUCACCUUCCUGGCCUUCGGGAAUGGCGCACCCGAUAUCUUCAGCGCCCUGGUGGCUUUCUCGGAUCCGCGCACAGCCGGCCUGGCCUUCGGGGCGCUGUUUGGUGCGGGUGUGCUGGUUACCACCGCGGUGGCCGGUGGCAUCGCCAUCUUGCGCCCCUUCACGGCUGCCUCCAGGCCCUUUCUCAGAGACAUUGUUUUCUACAUGGUGGCCGUGUACCUGGCCUUCACUGCACUCUACCUUGGCAGGGUCACACUGGCAUGGGCCCUGGCUUACCUAGGUUUGUAUGUGUUCUAUGUGGUCACCGUGGUUCUCUGCACCUGGAUCUACCGAUGGCAACGGAAGAGAUCCCUGGUCUACUCCAUGCCAGGCACUCCAGAAAUGCUCUCAGAUUCUGAAGAGGAGCCCGUGUCUUCCAACAGCUAUGACUACAGCGAAGAGUACCGCCCGCUGCUCUUCUACCAGGAGACCACAGUUCAGAUCCUGGCCCGGGCCCUCAACCCCCUGGAUUACAGGAAGUGGAGGAGCAAGUCAGUGUGUUGGAGGGCCCUCAAGGUGGUCAAGCUGCCCGUGGAGUUCCUGAUGCUGCUCACCGUCCCCGUCGUGGACCCCGACAAGGAGGACGGGAACUGGAAACGGCCCCUCAACUGCCUGCACCUGGUCAUCAGCCCGCUGGUCUUGAUCCUGACCCUGCAGUCGGGGGCCUAUGGCGUCUAUGACAUAGGUGGCCUCGUUCCCGUCUGGGUCAUCGUGGUGAUUGCAGGGACAGCCGUGGCUGCAGUGACCUUUUUUGCCACAUCCAACAGCGAGCCCCCCAGGCUUCACUGGCUCUUUGCUUUCCUGGGCUUCCUGACCAGCGCCCUGUGGAUCAACGCAGCGGCCACGGAGGUGGUGAACAUCUUGCGGUCCCUGGGAGUGGUCUUCCGGCUGAGCAACACUGUCCUGGGGCUCACGCUGCUGGCCUGGGGGAAUAGCAUUGGAGAUGCCUUCUCAGAUUUCACACUGGCCCGCCAGGGCUACCCACGGAUGGCGUUCUCGGCCUGUUUCGGCGGCAUCAUCUUGAAUCUGCUGGUGGGAGUGGGGCUGGGCUGCCUGCUUCAGAUCUCCAGGAGCCACGUGGCGGAGGUGAAGCUGGAGCCAGAUGGACUGUUGGUGUGGGUCUUGGCGGGCGCCCUGGGCCUCAGCCUCGUCUGCUCCCUGGUCUCGGUACCACUGCAGUGCUUCCAGCUGAACAAAGUCUACGGCUUCUGCCUGCUCCUCUUCUAUGUGAACUUCCUCGUGGUGGCCCUGCUGACGGAAUUUGGGGUGAUUCACUUGAAAAGUGCGUGAAUGACGCCACGUGUCCGGGGCCGCCUGGUGGCCAGGAGGUGUCACUGCAGGCGGCGAGAUGGACGUCUGGCCUGGGUGGCUGUGAAGGGGGUGGCUGGGGGUGGCAGGGACCGCUGCCUCUGCUGGAGGUUCCUGGCUGCCACCUGUGCAGGGAGAACAGCUAGGCCUUGUUUCUGGGAAAUCGGAGACCCGGCUGUGCUGUGCACAGAGCUGCAGACAGAAGGUAGACUUCCUUGGAUUAUCCGUGGAGCCUCUCAGAGGCUGAGUGCCUUCCGGCCGGUGUCGAAAGACCAACAGAGUGUUCUAGGGCCUGUAGUCAUGCCCUGCUGCCUUCCUGCAUCUUCUCCUGAGUGCUCACUCAGACUGCUGUCAACCCCAGGCUUAGGGUGUCAGGGCGACUCAGAUGGCGGGCAGAACAUGGUGGGCGUCUGGCCAUCCCGGGCUGUGUCCUAGAGCUGUCCCGUCCGACAGAAAUGAAACGUGAGACACAUGCCGAAUUUUGAAAUUUCUAGUCGCCACGUUAAUAAAAGCCAAAAGAAACAGGCCCUAUAUUAUAUGUAUUAUUCAGUGGCUCCAAAAGAGCAGCGUAUGGCACUGGCCCCAUUAUGGCCACCAUAUUGGACGGCACAGCUCCGGCCUCUACCUCUCGAACUGUCUGCUGGCUGUUGGCUGACUCCCCUGUGCCCUGAACCUCGGGUUUCCCCAGCUGUGAAACAGGCAUCAGUUGGACUGUGCCCUGUCCUCCCUCAGGGGGAGCCCAGGGCCGGGGUUCCAACGCCUGGAAGCUCUAGGGAGGACGGAGAGAGUGCUCCCCAGUGCCUUCCUGCUGUCAGCUACGGACCUGCCUUUUCAAGGAGCAACCGUUCAGUUUGCCCAACUGCCUUCUGUCAGCAGCUGCAGAAAAGCAAUUCAACUUAUUUUUUCCCCCAGUGAAAAAAAUGAUUAAAUAUUUCACGUGUA